UGGUUUGCCAACCGCCUUAAAACUAUUAAAGAAGAAGCAAAACACACGCGUCUCCAAUCAGAUGUUUGUUUUCUCACGCCUCGGAUGAAAGUUAGGCUACUGUGUAAUGUUGAAGAAACUUAUGCACGUCAUUUCUCCAGCAUGAAGCAUUUGUUCAAUGAACGGAUCUGCGCUUUAUUUCGCGAUAACUGGCAGCAUACUUUAACAUAUUGGAGUGUCUUCUUUAGUUUUGGACUUUGUGUCGCUUUUCUGGGUCCGACCAUACUGGACCUGAGAUGUCAGACACAGUCCACAUUACAGGAGAUCACUCUGGUCUUCUUCUCCCAACAGUUUUUCCUCUUUAUUGGAAGCACCAUUGGAGGAUUUUUCAGUAAAACGUAUGUGCAUUCUUUGUCUGCAUUGGCAGUGUCCACUUUCAUCAUCUCUGUGGUGUUUGCAAUCAUCCCAUUAUGCCAUCAUUUACUCAUGUUGGCGUUUGCUCUGGCAGUGUCUGGUCUUGCCAUGGGUGUCAUUGACACCAUAUCUAACCUACAACUGGUCAAGAUCUACCAAAAAGACUCCACAGUUUUCCUGCAGGCUCUUCACUUCUUUGUAGGUCUCGGGGCUUUGGUGAGUCCCCUGAUUGCCGACCCUUUCCUAUCUGAAACCAACUGUGUGAUCGGAAACAGCAGCAUCAAUACAACAUCAAUAAGAGAUCUGAGGAACAAGCUCGCAGGCAGACACGUGCACAACAUGUCUGACGUGCACCUGCACACCAACGGUGAAGUCGUGACCAAUGUUUCCUAUGCAUUCUGGAUCAUGGCUCUCACUAAUCUCCCUGUACCCAUCGCAAUAUUAAUCCUCAUGUACCGUGAGCGGGCGUUCGCGUGCGGUUGGAACCCCAGUCGUCGCCUGUUAGAUGGAGACGUGCUGGUGAUGAAAACAUGGGGGACAACAGGACAGUUAGACAACAGCGGCCAACAGAAAGAAGAUCCCAAAAGCCAUAUAGACAUAUUCAGCUGCUGUCUCCUUGGCAACAAGCACGGACUUCCACUGUCUUUCUUUGGGAUUCAUAUUCUCGGGGGUCUGGUGCUCUUCUUCGCUGACGGUAUAGUGGGCUCAUACACAGGCUUUGUCUAUACCUACGCAGUGGCGCCCCCUAUGAAUCUACCUCACAAGACUGCCGGCUACUUGACGUCAGUCUUCUGGGCUGCCAUUACCUUGGGCCGCCUAUCUGCUAUACCGCUGUCUUACCGGUGGAAGCCCUUUCGACUACUAACCGUCAGUCAGGUGGGUGUGAUAGUCACGCUUCUCCUGCUGCUAGUUAUCUCGAACAGCACCGUGUUCCUCUUCAUCGGCACCUGCUGUCUCGGCCUUUUCAUCAGCAGUAUUUUCCCCUGCAUGCUUGCGUUCACCGAAGACAUCCUGGAAUAUAAAGGUUGUGCCACCACGGUGUUGGUAACCAGUGCAGGGAUGGGGGAGAUGGUACUUCAGGUGCUCGUCGGAUCGGUGAUGCACAAUCGCGGCAGCUACAGUUUCCUGUUGUCUGGAAUGAUUUUCGGAUGCUUGGAGUUUAUGUUCUUCAUAUUGUUGUACUUCGUCCAGUAUAAUUACAAAAGCUUCUCUGAAGUUUUACCCAAUAAUAAUUCCCCAAAGGAAAGUCUUGAGGAAAAUGGGAUCAAGACCUGCUCUGGUGCAGUGCUGAACUCGUGGGAGAUCUCGGAGCAGAAAGCAUCAAUCGAUCCAGAGCAAUAAAGGUCUGAGGUCAUCCACAGAGAAGAUGGAUGAAAAUAUGACUGCCAUAAAGGGAUGAAGGACCUGUUGACAUUCCCGUUGUUAAAGCAAAGAUCAAAUAUAUCUGUGGACGAACAUUUAAAUCAAUGGCAAUGUAUAGAGCAAUGUAUUAAAGUGUUAAAAAUCAGGGAUCUUGAACAAAAGAUUUAUUUUUGUAUUUAAAUGUUUUUGAUAAAUGGACCGUGCAAUGAACGAUGCUGUAUUAUUAUAUUAUCAUCACAAUAUAGGUAUGCAAUGUAACUUGUCUGUGCAAUACAAUCAAAAGAAAUUAUGUAAUCGAAAUGCAAAUUGUUUUUGCUUAUUGUUAGAAAACAAGUUAAUUCGGUGAAUUCUCAUAUGCAAGCACUGAAUAGAAAGGAUUGAAACCUUUUUGGAUCAAUACAAGAAAAUAAAUCCGGUUAAUAGCUCUCACUUGUUUGUGUUUGCUGUAGCUAUAAAUUCUCAUCCAACUUACAUUAGUUGCCAAUUUCUUCUCUCUUGAAACUAACAUCUGCAUAAAAUGUUGUGGUCAGAUAAAAAAAGACUUUUAAUGCC